CGUGCAGAUCCCCCUCUCUCGAGAAGAGAAGAGAAGAGAAUGUGGUCAAAACCCUAGUCAAACCUCUCCAAUCUCCCCCUCACUGCGGGAUGAUCCCCGGCGCCGGCGAUCUUCCGUCGAGCCGGUGCCCCAAGCACCCCUCACAGCCUCCCUUCACCGGAUUCUGCUCCGCCUGCCUGCUCGAGAGGCUCUCGGCCGCGCGCCUCCCCUCCCCAGUGGCCGCCGAGAUCUCCUCCGACCCCGACCCCAGGCCCAGGGUUCGGACUACGCUCCUCGACCUCUUCCAGCUCGAAGCCCCAGAAGACGACGACCAAGGCCCCCCUCCCCGCCACCUGCAGCGCAAGCGCUCCCUCCGUCAAUCCUGCGAAUGGAUCGUCUGCUGCAACACCACUGCCGACGACUCCCGCCAGUCAUGGGACGCCGCUCUGGUUUCCAACCCCAUCAUCAAGGGCUUCGGCUUCGUCACCAGGCCUGCCCAGAUGCUCAGGAGAUCCUUGUCAGAGUCCUGGAGGCAUACCCGCGGUGACGCAGCUCCCUCCGGCGUCCCAAUUAAUGGUGCUGGUAGCCGCUCGGUCUCUUCUGCGGGCAUGGACUCAGAGAUUUCCUUGGGGGGGGAUGCUGCACCACGUCACUCGUCUUUCUUCAACAGACUCUACCACCUUGGCCGGAGUCGCAGUGUUCACUGCUCCUCACCUCACAUUAGGAGCCUGGAUACGGGGACUCUGCGCUUCCAUCUCACUCCUCUCAGAAGCAGCAGUAGGCGGAGCAUUGCAAACAAGAUCCAAGGGAGGCGCCUCAACCUCUUUGCCGGUGCCAGCUUCUUAGCUAACCAAAGACAAUAGCUUUAGUCCCAAUAUAUAUAAUCUACCCGAGCGACCGAGCUCUGCCUGCUUACUGGAGGACAUACGUUUCUUCGCAAACAGUGCGUCCUACCCUGUACAUGGUUUAGACAGUCCAGCUUUUCAUAUUGCCACAAGGGUUCUUCAAGUUUACCGGUCUAGGUAAUGCGUGCUACAUGGACCAACGAGAUUUGUCAUCAUCAUCAGGUGUGUCGACCCUGUGCCCUAUAUUUUGCCCUUGAUGACAACGUUCGAGUUAUCGUGUUUGACAAAACCAGCUACACAAUUUGCAUUCGAGUCAGUAGUUAUUGGAAAUUGUAAAGUAGCAUGUUACUUGAUAAAUGAUUACGCUAAAUGAUUUGUCUCAUUCGUUGUACUAUGUAUGUUACUGUUACAGAAUAAAUGCCUCGACUUAGAUAUCAAAAUUACUAUAAUAUAAGCUAUGAUUAGCUAACUAUGUCCAUUCUUCUUCUCUCUGAGUACUAAAAGCAAACUCAAUUUUCUGGGUGAAAUGUACCAAGUGAUUAUCCCUUCUCUGCUAGCAGUUGAUUUCAGA